AUGGACACUCCCAGUGAACAUUCGUCGCUACUCCACUCCAAAGACACGACAACCAGUGCCCGCAACAAUACCAUCUACUCCAUCGACUUGGGCCCCACGACCCCUCGUACCACUCGUACUGACAAGGACAAUGACGCGUGGGACGUGGCCAUUUCCGACCUCACGCUCGCGACGAUCACACGUGGCUCGAGCUUUGUCGCUGCGAGCUGUCGGUCUCUGUCCGUGACCUCGUCCGACGGCGCCAACCUGCGUGGGGACGACGGCGACGACGACGACGACGACGGGCCCACUACUACUGCAGGUCUCUCCCUCGACCUCGUCGACUCGCCGCGGUCGUGCGCUUCUUUGUUCCCAGCUGGCAAUCGAGAAGACGCUGCGACCGAAGAAGACGAGCCGAACGUUCGCGACGAGUUCUGGCGGUCCAUGGCGCUCGCGUACCCCGUGGUCGUAACCUAUACGCUCGAGUACCUCCCCGGGGUCGUGGGGAUUGUUCUCGUGGGCCACAUGGACUCGCCCGACACGAAGCGCUUUGUCGCGGCCGCAACCCUAUCCGCGAUGUUUACGAACGUCUCGUCGCUGUCCAUUGGCUUUGGCCUUACUUCAGCUUUGGAUACGUUGUGCUCCCAAGCAUAUGGUGCCGGGAAGCUCAGUAAACUCGGCGUGUACUUCCAGGCCGGUGUGCUCGUGAUUGGCGCGUGUCUGGUCCCCGUGUUCCUCCUCAAUUGGCACGCAACGACGUUCCUGAUCUGGUCGGGUCAAGACGCCCACGUGGCGCAACUGGCCGGCGAGUUCUCGCGCGUGACGGUCUUUGGCGUCCCGUUCCUCUUUCUGUACGAACUCGCGCGGAAAGUGCUCCAAGCGCAGAACAUUGUGCGGCCCAUGGUGCUUUUUGCGCUGGCUGGGACGUUUGUCAAUGUCGUUGGCGGCUACGCGCUCACGUACUGGACGCCACUGGGGUUCCACGGGGCAGCGCUCUCGCGCACAUUGGGCUACAUGGUCCUCCCGCUCUGCCUCGUGCCGUACUUUGUCGUGAGUCGCAAUUACCGGCUCUGGUGGAGUGGAUGGCAACUGAAGAAAGCGUGGGCGCUCGUGCCGCUGUUCAUGCGACUGGGACUGCCCGGCAUGGCCAUGAUGGUCUUGGAAUGGUGGGCCUACGAGCUGCUGGCCGUCCUGGCAGGCAACUUGCCCGAUGGCGUCGUGGCUGUGAGUACGCACGCAGUGCUCAUGAACGUCGCGUCCAUGAUUUAUAUGGUGUUCAUGGGCAUUUCAAUCUCGAGCAACAUCCGUGUCGGCAACUGCCUCGGUGCGAAUUGUCCCAAGAAAGCAAGAGUUAUCAGCUACAUCACGCUCAGCACCGUCUCGGUGCUCUCGUGCUUCUUUGCACUGCUGCUGUAUGUCCUGCGCCAUCAGAUCCCGCUCAUUGUGAUCAAUGACCCCGUGGCUGUCCAGCGGGCGUCGAAUGCGCUGUUAGUGCUGAUACCGUACGUGUUUGUCGACUCGCUGAAUUGUGCGAUCCAGGGAAUCUACAAGGGAGCUGGGUGGCAAAACAUGGCUGCAAAGACUAACGCGAUUGCUUUCUAUGGCAUUGGUAUCCCGCUGGGAGCCGUGCUGUCGUUCCAUUACGGUGUGGGGAUUGAGGGACUAUGGAUUGGCUUUGGCGUUGGUGUCGCCACAGCGCUCACAGUCUGCAGCAUCAACCUGUAUUACGCGAGCUGGGAGCAAAUGGCACUCGAAGCGCGCGCACGGUUAGCGCACUAA